AUGGCCGCCGUCGCCCUAGCGACUUCGCCAGCUAGCCGUCUGAGAACUGGGACGACGACUUCGAGUUCGACGGUGGUGUCGGAGCACAGACGGAGGACUGGGACGCUGACGACAGGCCCGCGGAUGAGCACCAGAGAGAAGCCCACUCCCCACCCGCCACAACAUCAUCGACACCUCUCGCCCUCGAGCACCGACGCGAACUCGAACACGCACCUCCCGCCCGACCUGCACCUGCACCUUGCGCAGCACGUUGAGCACCCGCCAGCAGAGACGGAGAACUGGGACGAUUAUUUCGAAGAGCGGCAUAGUCCGCGGAAAACGCGGCACGACGAGCAGCACGGCUCGAAGCACCAGCAGCAAAGAGAAGGGAGGACGAAGAAGAAUAAGCAAGAUGGUGACGGCCAAGUCGCGUUAGGCAGCGGUCGCGCGUUUGAGUCGGGAGGUGCCCCCGGUGCCAAGACGCCUGGGUCGGAACUGGAGUUCUCGUCUGCUGAUGGACAUGGACAUGGACACGAGCAGCAGAAGAAGCAGCCGCCAGUACCAGCGACACACGCGAAGGGAGCCGCGCUGUUGAGCAGGAUCAGGAGCGUGAAGAAUUGGGGCAGGGGUAUGAGGAGGAGAGAAGGGAGUACGGCGCCUGAGGUCGUUGUGGAUGAGAAGGACACGAUGGUGGCGUCGAGGCGAGAUCAGAGUAGUCCCAUGGGUAGUGGUGGUGCUGGAAUCGCCGUUGUACACGACGGACGUUCGUGUUUAGCCGGCCGGGAAAGGACAUCCAUGACUUGGAGGCCGGAGGAUGCACUAGGCGUCGAGGAUGAGCAAAAUGCACUAGAGUACCACGUCGUCGUCGAGGCCAGCGGCGUGUGCAGCCCGUCCGAAGUACACGUCUGGGGUGUCAAGACGAGCUGGCAUUGA